UGCCGGACUUCUCUACCGCGGAAUACCGGCGAGUCGACUGCGGAGCAUCUCCGCAUAUCAAGGUGGGCAAGGUCGUAAACACAAGUAGCUACCCCGCGGCACUUCUAGGGUCCUCGGCCAAGUGUAUCAUUCUGCCCUAUCUCCUUCUAAGCCUAGGAGCUUUGUAGGUAGUCAGCCCAUACAGUACAUCCUGUCCUAAAUCAAUCCACCACCUUCACGUCAUGGCUGCAGUACAGAAGGUCGCUUUGAUCACAGCUGGCACAGCUGGCUUAGGUGCUGCUAUUGCCCGUGUACUGGCACCAGACUUUCGAGUCGUAAUUAACUACGCGAACAACAGCUCCCGUGCCGAAGACGUCCUCAAAGAACUCAACAACAUCCCCGGCACAGUUUCCUCUCAAGCAUCUCCUCGCUUUCACGCCAUUAAGGCCGACAUCGGGAACCGCGAUGCUAUCAACUCUCUGGUGCAAGAAACAAUCAGCACAAUGGGUCGCCUGGACGUCGUAGUGUCAAAUGCCGGUUACACACGUCUGACGAACUUCAUGGAUUUCGACGAGCAACACUUUGAUGAGGACUGGGAUAAAUGCUUUCUAUACAAUGUGAAAGCGCACAUGUGGCUGGCUUACGCCGUGAGGGAGCAUCUAGACAAGAGCGAGGGUGCUUUCAUCACAACGGCGAGUAUUGCUGGAGUCAAGCCUUCUGGAAGCUCAUUGCCAUAUGCUGUGACAAAAGCUGCAAGCAUACACUUGACCAAGUGUUUGGCGAACAUCUGUGCUCCAAAGAUCAGGUUCAAUUCCGUCGCUCCUGGAUUAAUGUUGACGGAGUGGGGAUUGAAGUUCUCGGAGCAAAAGAUAGAGGCACACAGAAAUGGUACCAAGUUGAAGAGGCUGCCUGAGGUCGAUGAUGUUGCGGAACAGGUGCGAACACUUGCUUUAUCUAAGAGUAUGACAGGGCAGAACGUCAUCAUUGACUGUGGUUUGACUAGUUGAGCAAUGCUGUUCAGCUUGGAGACUCAACCUGUGAUAGAAGUAAACGUUCCUCAACAGGGCA